CUACACAACCGUAAAUAUUGUGGUGUAGUGCAUUAUUGUUAAACAGAGAAAUGAGGUGUAUAGGCGCUUUGGUUUUCAUAUAUUUUUAUAUUGCUGAUUCAAGUUAUGCUUUUGAUGACACAAUGCGGAUCCAGACUUGCAGUGUGGGGGACGUGGUACAAAACGAGUGCUUGAAAUGUAUUUGCAACACUAAACGCAUCUAUAAAUGUACUCCGAAACACUGCUAUAAGACCUCCACGGAAAAGGUAUCUCAAUCAAACAUAAAUGCAUGUCAACCGAAUAUGAUAUACACAACAGACACGAUGACUUGCAUCUGCGAUAAAACUGGACAAUGGCCUCACAGAAAAUGCAAAGAAAUCUUCCAAACCCUAAACACUAAUAAUUCAUGUGAACCAAACUCAUACGUCAUUCUGGACUGCAACAUUUGCCGAUGUGGCUCCAACGGAAGAAUCGAGAAAGAACGAUGCACACAAAACGUCUGUGAAAAGCACAAAUUAAAUACCAGAAGACUGAGCAACGUUUACGGCAGUUGUGAAGUUAGAAACUGGUAUUCCUUAGCUCCAUGCCAAUUUUGUUACUGUGUCUCUCAAAACAAAUUGGUUUGUAAUACAGGUAAUAAUUAUGCUAAGAAAUUAGAUCUUGGAACGUACCAUUUAAAUGAGUGUGGAAAAGGACUGAUUUACGAAGCCAUAGCACUUAUACCAGAUAACGAUUUGACUCUACGAUUCGGUAAUUUUAUGACUAAUUCUGUCACGAGUACACCGAAAUUGCCUAAACAUGUCAUACAAGAUAAUCAUAAUGUAGUUAUAAAUGUAGAGAAAGAAAAUAAAAUAGAAAGCAAAGAAAAAGAUAGUAAUGAAUCGUCUUCUGAUUCUGAUGAAAAUAAACCUAUGACAACUAAGAUAGUCAAAAACAUUCCCAGUACACAAAUUUACUCAGAUGGAGAAAACACCAGCAAGGAAAAUGGAUACAGCGACAACAAAGAAGCAGACUCAGGCAUGGAAAUAGGAGUUGAAGUGGCACAGAUUCCGAAAAAGACUAUGAGAACUACGAAAAAAAUAACUCUGACAACCAGUGAACCGAAAUCACUCGAGGAUUUAAAAAAACUGGGCCAAGAUUUGGGGAUGAAGUUGAAAAUUACUUUACCUCGCAUGCUGGAUCAAAUGUUUAAAAUGGCUCUAAGGAAAUCAAUGUUGUCAGUGAAGAAAGGCACGAAAUGCGUGCCGGGAACGACUGAAGCUGUCAAGUGUAAUAUGUGCUUCUGCAUGAAGAACGGAAAACUGUUGUGUACCAACAACGUUUGCGAAUAAAGCUUACAGUUUCAUUUCGAA